UUAAAUGGUAAUGCAAACCCUGAGAGGCUGCGCCCCGCCCUUUUUCUGUGGUGGAAUAAAGGUGGCCAGUCUCCUCUCACUCCGUGACCCCUGUCAGUCGCACUACAGGCUUGGUGGUUGUUGAAAUGCACUUUUGUACACGCGGCAGAUACGGAGAAACUGCUCCGGCCGCGCCUCCUUGCUUCCGGGUUGCUUUGCUCUCACCUACGCGCUUCAGUCGUGAUACAGCGUUAGUUACCAUGGCCACACAUCGCAGAUAUUGGCUAUAGAAGAUCCCAACUUCCUCGAUAGUCCCGGGUUCCGCCCACUGUCAGCAGAUCAGCUGGAAGCUCCGCGCGUCACCGGCAUCAGAAGCGCACCAGACAGCAUCCGUCCAUGUGUUGCGCGCUCCAGCCUACUUGGGAAAACAAACUGCAAGCUACCUAAUAGAUUAAAAACAUCACAAGACUAGAUUUCUAGAUAUUACUGUUCAUUUUCCCGUCAUCAUGCAGGGUAGAGGCACAUUUAUCAGCCCUUUCCCCAGACCCCGGUGUUUGGCGGCCGCGGCUCCGGCGGGGAAAGCUAAACUGACCCACCCGGGGAAAGCCAUACUGGCAGGGGGCCUUGCAGGUGGAAUAGAGAUCUGCAUCACCUUCCCAACAGAGUAUGUCAAGACCCAGUUACAGCUGGAUGAGAGGGCCAAUCCACCCAAAUACAGAGGAAUAGGGGACUGUGUGAAACAGACGGUACAGGGUCACGGAGUUAAAGGGCUGUACAGAGGACUCAGCUCACUGGUGUAUGGAUCCAUACCCAAAUCUGCUGUCAGGUUUGGGGUGUUUGAGUUCCUCAGCAACCGUGCGAGGGAUGAGAACGGUCGCCUGGACAGCACCAAGGGCCUGCUGUGUGGGCUCGGAGCCGGCAUCUUGGAGGCUGUUUUUGUGGUGUGUCCCAUGGAAACUGUUAAGGUUAAAUUCAUUCAUGACCAGACAUCAGCCAACCCAAAAUACAAGGGCUUCUACCACGGAGUCAGGGAGAUCAUCAAUGCCCAAGGAAUAAGAGGGACGUACCAGGGUCUCACUGCCACAGUCCUUAAGCAAGGCUCCAACCAAGCCAUUCGGUUCUAUGUGAUGACCUCUCUCAAGAACUGGUACAAAGGUGACAACCCCGAUAAAGCCAUGAACCCCUUGGUGACGGGAACGUUUGGAGCUGUAGCUGGAGCCGCCAGUGUCUUUGGAAACACACCACUAGAUGUCAUCAAGACAAGGAUGCAGGGUCUGGAAGCACACAAAUAUAAAAGCACAUUGGACUGUGGAUUAAAGAUCAUGAGACACGAGGGCUUGGCAGCUUUCUACAAAGGGGCGGUUCCUCGGCUGGGCCGUGUGUGUCUGGACGUGGCCAUAGUCUUCAUCAUCUAUGAGGAGGUGGUGAAGGUCCUGAAUGUUGUCUGGAUUACGGACUGAGCCUCUGGAUGUGCAGAGAGGGCUGCGGCUCCCUACUUUCCAGGCAUCAGACACAGAUCCCAGUUUGGCCGACCUCCUCCGCAUCACAAAACCAGAGGGGGUGAGACAGAGAGCUGAACUUAGAUGAGUGUCAAAUGCUAACAGGAAGUUAAAGAGCUCAUUUAGAUAAGGGGCAAAGCCUGAAAAUAGUGCCGCCCACAUCUGGACAGCUGUGUGUAUGCAGAGCUUUGCUGCAUUAAAACAAGACAUAUUAUAUCAAAAGUGGGAUCAUAAAAUGAUCCAAAUAAUGUGGAAAAGCAUAUCCUAGAAAGUCAUAAUUUCUCCAAGUUAAACGAAAUGUCAAUAUGAGGGUCCACAUCAUGAUUAGCUCAAACAUUUCCUGAAUGAAUGUAAGCUUUUUUCCAAGUUAUCUGGUUACAUUUCUUUGAAUCCUGCUUUUUAAAAUACCCUCCUUCAGUGGAGAACUUUAUUUCUCGUCAUUCAUAGCUGAUUUACUCAUUUCUGUGAGUAAUGCAUGUGUCAUACUUAGUUUUAUUAAGUUAGAUGUGCUCUCUGCCUCUACUUGUGCCUGUUUUUAGUUCAGAGGAGCCAGACUCCAGCUGACUGCAGUUUACAGUCACAUAUACUGCAGUUACUUCCAUAACUAAGCCUUUAAUAGAAUGAUUUUACAAUUAUAAUAUGCCAAUUAUUUUUUAUAAAUUAUAGAUUCUUAUUUAGUUUAUAACCAGCAUUAUAGUUUUGUUGUAAAGUAUGAUAUAUAUUGUUCUUGUGCCAAAUGCCAAACCUGUUAUACUAUGAAAAUAUGUUCAGAAUAAGAACAUGCUAAUGUAGCAUAACGUGCUUAAAUAGAGAAGAGCAAGUAUUAUGACUUAUAUUGUGACUUUCUUUAUAAAUGUAUUAAUUGAAUGUUCAAUAUCUUUAUGGGUGAGAAAUGACUUGCUGUUAUCGUGGGCCACUUGUUGUUUCUGUGAUCAGGUCUCGGUGUGAAGGUUUUUUAAGAUGUUAGGAAAAUAUGAUAUUGCUGUAUUUCACUGUGAGUCUAAAUGACCCAAUGACACUAAGUCAUAAAGACAGAGUAACCUCUGACCUGUUUUCUUUAAUGGAAGCACUACUGUUCAUCAGGUAACUUGAUGCUUGAUUGUUUUCUGCUUAUGUUAGAAGCAGGUUUCAUAUUUUCCCUAAAUGAAUUAUUCCCAGAUAUUUGGACCCUGGCAGCGGGACACACAAUAAUGAUUGAAAAUGAAAAAAGAGACAUAUUGUUCUGCUAAACACAUACAAAAUAAUAUAUUUUGUAUUUAAAUGUAAUAUAUUUAUAUUAAGAUUACUCACAAUAUAUUUUAAUCAAUUUCCAUUGGUGUUCUGAUUCAGUAUUUCAUUCAGGGUUCAUUUUUAUUUAUCACUCAUGUGCCUUUUGUUUGUCUGUUACACUGUGAAUGCUACUUGAGGUAAAUCCUAAUUUAUUAUCAAUAGAAUAUUCAUCUCUUAAAUCAUCUUACCGACACAACAACUGAAUGAUAAUGAAAACAGUCAUGAUCUAUAUGUAUUCAUGUAAUAAUUGAAUUUAAAUACGGAUGGGUUGUGUUUCACUAUUUCUGUAAUACAUUUUUAAUAACAUUUUUCAGUUUUGACCGAACUAUGCUUGUGAUCCUAACUGCCAAAUAUCCAAGAGAAAAUGUAAUUAUUAUUGCAAAUCAAUGUAUUCAGAGGGUAUGAUGAAGCUUGAGCAUAAACACUGUCCCCUCUAUUUGUCUGUGCUUAAUGUUCAGUUCUUUUGUUUAGUAGGGGGGUUUCAAAACUCAUUAAAACAAGCAUCUGAAAUC